GUAUAAUAGCAGAAACGUCAUCCCGUCAGUCGAACCGGAGCCGCCUGUGCCUACUUUUCUCUUUCCUCUCCUUCACGAGAAACAGACACAGAGAGAGGACUUCCAAAGGCUCGUCUUCCAACCAUCUUCGUCUCUAACUAGUGAAGGAUUCGUGUCAUCUGCGCUAAUUCAUUAUAGCCAUCGGAUUUGUUUUCAGAUAUAACAAAGAAAGAUGGGUAUCAUAGAGAAGAUUAAAGAAAUUGAAGCUGAAAUGGCACGGACACAGAAAAAUAAAGCUACAGAAUACCAUCUGGGACAACUUAAGGCAAAGAUAGCCAAGUUGAGGACACAAUUGUUGGAGCCUCCAAAGGGUACCAGUGGAGCUGGAGAGGGGUUUGAAGUUACAAAAUUUGGCCAUGGUCGCGUCGCACUAAUUGGAUUUCCAAGUGUGGGGAAGUCCACGCUUCUGACUCUAUUAACAGGAACACACUCAGAAGCUGCUUCAUAUGAGUUCACCACCCUUACUUGCAUUCCUGGGAUUAUCCACUACAAUGACACAAAAAUUCAGCUUCUCGACCUUCCUGGAAUCAUUGAGGGUGCUUCCGAAGGCAAGGGACGUGGUAGGCAGGUCAUUGCAGUUUCUAAAUCUUCGGACAUUGUAUUGAUGGUUCUUGAUGCUUCAAAAAGCGAGGGCCAUCGUCAAAUACUAACAAAAGAGCUGGAGGCUGUGGGCUUGCGUUUAAACAAGAGACCACCUCAAAUAUAUUUCAAAAAGAAGAAGACAGGAGGCAUUUCUUUCAACAGUACUAUGGCUCUAACUCAUGUCGAUGAGAAGCUCUGCUAUCAAAUUCUGCACGAGUACAAGAUACACAAUGCAGAGGUGUUAUUCCGUGAGGAUGCCACCGUUGACGAUCUUAUUGAUGUCAUUGAGGGAAACCGUAAAUACAUGAAAUGCAUCUAUGUUUAUAACAAAAUUGAUGUAAUCGGUAUUGAUGAUGUGGACAAACUAGCCCGGCAACCGAAUUCCGUGGUCAUCAGCUGCAAUUUGAAGCUGAAUUUAGACAGACUACUUGCAAAAAUGUGGGAGGAAAUGGGGCUGGUAAGAGUAUACACAAAGCCACAGGGGCAGCAACCUGAUUUUUCAGAUCCCGUAGUACUUUCCACGGACAGAGGUGGCUGCUCAGUAGAAGACUUCUGUAAUCAUAUACACAGGAAUCUGUUGAAGGAGGUGAAGUAUGUGCUGGUGUGGGGCACGAGUGCAAGGCACUAUCCACAGCACUGUGGACUUUCUCACGUUCUUCAUGAUGAGGAUGUGGUUCAGAUAGUGAAGAAGAAGGAGAAGGAAGAUGGUGGGGGAAGAGGUCGGUUCAAGUCACAUUCAACAGCGCCUGCUCGGAUAUCUGACAGAGAGAAGAAGGCUCCCUUGAAAACAUGAUUAUGUAGAUACCUAUGUCAGGAUUGGUAGUUUAAUCAGUGGUUCAGGGCCAGCAUCUUGAGUGUUGCAGACUGAUCAGGAGUUCACAAUAUCAUUUAUCCACAAUGGUAGUAGAUUAUUCCGCGUGGGAAGCUGUGGUCCCUCAGGAGUGAAAUAAUCAACAGUGCAUAUUCCAUUUUUCACUAGUAAACUGCAUCUUUUACCGAAAAAGAAAGAGAGUCAGAUGGGACCCAUUCUUCUGAUGUUUUGUUCCAUUAAGCUUAUGGGAUGUUAUUUGCGUUGUUCUUCGAGUUCAAUCGUGAGACUGAUAUCCGGAUUCACUUUAAGGGGGGUGUAUGUAUUCUGUCUCAGCAAAAUGAAACUUAGAAGUGGGCAAUUAAAUUG